GCCCCGGUCCCUCCCGGCCCCUGGGGCCCUCCCAGCCUCCCACAGACCAGCUGGGCUGGGCUGGGCUGGGCUGGGCUGGAGAACAACAGUGCUGGAGACACCAGCGCUGCCGGAGGAGGGCAGAGGGCCGGCCCAAGGCCCAGGGCGCUGGAGCUGGCCAGAGCCAGACCCAGAGGUAAAGGGGAGGGAGCCGUGCCUGGGGUGGGGACUGUCGGGUGAGGAGGUGACCCCGGUGAUACUGACUCCUGGUCCCACAGCUGCCCUUUCCUGGGCCGGGUCAUGCGCUGCCCCAAGUGCCUUCUCUGCCUGUCAGCACUGCUCACACUCUUGGGCCUCAAAGUGUACAUCGAGUGGACGUCUGAGCCCCGGCUGGGUAAGGCCUACCCGGGACCCCGCAGCACCCCACCAGGCCCCACGCCAGCCAGCCCCGAGCCCACCCUGCCGGCUAACCUCUCGGCCCGUCUGGGCCAGACUGACCCGCUGCCCUCGGCCUACUGGAACCAGCAGCAGUGGCGGUUGGGGACCCUGCCCAGUGGGGACAGCACUGAGGUGGGGGGCUGCCGCGCUUGGGGAGCUGCCGCUGCGGCCGAGAUCCCCGACUUCGCCUCCUACCCCGAGGACCUCCGCCACUUCCUGCUGUCGGCAGCCUGCCGGAGCUUCCCACGGUGGCUGCCCAGGGGUGGCGGUGGCCAGGUGGCCAGCUGCGAGGACCCCGACGUCCCCUACCUGCUGUUGGCCGUCAAGUCGGAACCAGGGCGCUUUGCAGAACGACAGGCCGUGAGGGAGACGUGGGGCAGGCCGGCUCCCGGGGUCCGGCUGCUCUUCCUGCUGGGGUCCCCAGCGGGCGAGGGGAGGCCUGACCUAGGCUCCCUGGUGGCCUGGGAGAGCCGCCGCUACAGCGACCUGCUGCUCUGGGACUUCCUUGACGCCCCCUUCAACCAGACGCUCAAGGACCUCCUGCUGCUGGCCUGGCUGGGCCGCCACUGCCCCAGCGUGAGCUUCAUCCUGCAAGCCCUGGAUGACGCCUUCGUGCGCGUCCCCGCCCUUCUGGACCACCUGCGGGCCCUGCCGCCCAGCACGGCCCGUGGCCUCUACCUGGGUGAGGUCUUCACCCAGGCCAAGCCCCUCCGGAAGCCUGGAGGACCCUUCUACGUGCCUGGGUCCUUCUUUGAAGGCGGCUACCCAGCCUACGCAAGUGGGGGCGGCUACAUCAUCGCGGGCCGCUUGGCACCCUGGCUGCUGCGGGCGGCGGCCCGCGUGGCCCCCUUCCCCUUCGAUGAUGUCUACACCGGCCUGUGCUUCCAAGCCCUGGGCCUGGCCCCCAGGACCCACAAAGGCUUCCUCACGGCCUGGCCGGCAGGCCGCACUGCUGACCCCUGUGCUUUCCGUGACCUGCUGCUGGUGCGGCCCCUCAGCCCCCAGGACAGCGUCCGGCUCUGGAAGCAGCUGCGGGACCCUCAGCUCCAGUGCUGAGACUCGGAGGUGGGGCGGGGCGGGGAGGGCAGACCUGGCCUGGGCCUUGGCGCCAGCCCCUUGCUCAGCCUCUCUUUCUAGGCCUCGGUGCGAGGAAGGAGGUCCUGGAAUGGAGGCUGCCUGAGCCCUCCCUGGGCCUCCCCAAGAGGCGACAGACUGUUUCCGUCUUUCAGUUUCUGAGGCCUGGAGUC